CGCUCCAACAUACUUUUUCGUCUUUACGAUGAUAUGGGAACUUUCACGGAUGAGAUAGAAAGAGGUGAUGUGGCGAAAUCUAUUCAAUGCUACAUGCACGAGAAAGGUGUCUCAGAGGAAGUGGCACGUGCGAAGAUAAGAGAAUUGAUGAGGAAAUAUUGGAGAGAAUUGAAUGGAUCUCUUACUUGGGAUUCUCCAUUAGAGGGGUACUUCAAGAAUAUAGCCGCUAACAUCCCUCGAACGGCGCAGUUCUUUUAUGAUCACGAAGGAGAUGGAUAUGGCAAGGCAGAUGGAGAAACUAAGUCUCAGAUCAUAUUGCUAUUAUUCGAACCUAUCCAAAUUUAAAAUGAAUUCAUAUAAAUUGUACCCUCGUAGCCAGAGGGAUCUAUAAAAUAUUAUCGAAUUAAAUAAAUGGAAAGUUAUUCUA